GAGCUCGAUAAUGAAUUUGAAAAGAAAAGCUCAAAAACUUUUGACUGUAAAUAUAUUUCAGUUUCGAACAAGAAAUGUCUCGCUAUAAGGAUCCAAAUACUACGGAUUCAAAGAAACACAUUUUAACAUCGGAAGAAGAUAGUGCUGAAUGUUUUGAAAUAACAGCAAUUAUCCUUUCAAUUCUCGUUGUAAUAUUAACAUUUCCGUUCGCCAUUUUGUUUUGUAUUCGCAUUGUAGCUGAAUAUGAAAGAGCUGUUGUAUUUCGUCUUGGGAGGCUGAGAAAGGGAGGAGCUAGAGGACCUGGUGUGGUUUUUGUGUUGCCUUGUAUAGAUGAUGCUUCAAUAAUGGAUUUACGUACAGCAUCAUUUGAUGUAGCACCGCAAGAAAUUUUAACAAAAGACGCUGUUACAAUAAAAGUGGAUGCUGUCGUCUAUUUUCGUCUUCAAGAUCCAUUAAGUGCAGUUAUACAAGUUCUCAAUUAUCGUGAAUCGACAAUGUUAUUGGGUCAGACUACUCUUCGAAAUGUAGCUGGAACAAGAAUGCUGAACGAGCUUCUGACAGAAAAAGACGAUAUAUCACAUACGAUGCAGAAAAUUCUAGAUGAAGCAACUGAUCCUUGGGGAGUUAAAGUUGAAAGAGUAGAAAUAAGAGACGUUCGCUUGCCAGAGGCAUUACAAAGAGCUAUGGCUGCUGAAGCUGAAGCAAACCGGGAAGCUAGAGCAAAAAUUGUUGCAGCUGAUGGAGAGAAAAAUGCAGCCGAAGCUUUAAGAGAAGCAGCAGAAAUUAUAUCCCAAAGUCCUUCAGCCUUACAACUACGCUAUUUACAAACACUGGCAACGAUUUCAGCUGAGAGAAAUUCUACUAUAAUUUUUCCUUUUCCAAUUGAGAUGUUCACUGGGUUUCCACAAAGGCAAAAUUGAAAUUAUUACCAAUUUCAAAUGUGAAAGAAUUGUUUUUCGAUGAUUAUAGAGCAAAUAAAAAAUGUAAAACUUGAGU